CCCGACGUGGAGCGAAAUUGCAAAGAACUCUUCCCUGGUGAAGCGCCUUCUGACGACCACAUCACGGCAAGAAUCUUCAAACAGAAGCUCACGAAGCUCAUAGACGUGUUGUCGCUGAAGGAGAAAAUACGCCCAGAUCAGAUCGACAACAUCAUCUCGGCGGAACUUCUCAGUCAAGAAGAGGAUCCUCUUCUAUUCGAUGUAGUCUUCAAAAACAUGAUCCAUGAGCCAUGCGGACCACUAAACUCGACGUCGCCUUGCAUGAAGGACUGCUAA